AUGGACGGAGCUCCUAGAGGUCGUGGCGCGAGAGGGCGCGGUGCUAGAGGUCGUGGCGGCAGAGUUGGCCGUGGCGGCAGAGCUGGUGGUAGAGCUGGAGGUCGAGCAGGCCGAGGUCGUGGUCGUGGACUUCCGGAGGAGUCGGGAGAGAGUGCGGCACCGAGUGUGCAUACUGCGUCGGUGACCCAGUCAGUUCCGUUGGCGGGUGAUGCCAGUGCGAGUGUUGGUUUGGGAGCGGGGGCUGCUCCGGGUGGGGGUGGCGCUCCGGCUCCGGGUCAUGAUGACUUAGUGGUGGGUUUGCUGACGCAGCUGUUGGCUCGUUUUCCGCCGGUGGUUCCACAGGGGGCUCCAGGAGUACCGCCAGUGGCAGAGGUGCAGCAUGUUGCUGCAGGCGUUGCGCAGCCGGAGGCUGUGGAUGCGGGUGUGACCAGUUAUUUGGAGUUUAUGGGCCACAUGCAGAAGAUUGGUACGCCUUUCUUCGAGGGUAGAGUUGGUCCAGAGGAGGCAGACGCGUGGCGUCAGAGAGUGGAGCGGAACUUUCAUUCGAUCCGUUGUCCGAUAGAGUACUGGGUGGAGUUAGCGGUCCACUAUUUGAGUGGCGAUGCUCAUUUGUGGUGGCAGGCCGCGGUGGGCCGGAGGGCAUUUUGGACUUGGGGCGACUUCCUUGUGGAGUUCAACGCCAAGUAUUUCCCGAGGCAGGCUCGUGAUCGUCUUCAGAUGCGGUUUAUGGGCAUUGAGCAGGGUUCGCGUUCUGUACGCGAGUAUGAUGAGGAGUUCAGCCGUCUGUUAGUGCAUGCGGGCUUUGGUAUGGAGUCUGAGCAUCAGUUGACGAACAGAUUUCUGGAGGGACUUCGCAAGGAUAUUCGGACUCUAUGCAGGAGUAGUAUGCACACUUCGAGGGCGAGUCUGGUAGAGUUGGCCGCGUCGGUUGAGGCGGAUCUUGGUGGGCCAGUUGGUCCGGUGGCUGUGCCGUCAGCAGUUGCUUCUGCUACCCAGCCUCGGGGUCAGCAUCAGCAGCCGCGACAGCAGCAGCAGCAGCAGCGCAGAGGUGGUUCGAGUUUCAGUUCUGGUUCUGGCAGGGGCGGUUUGCCUGCGCAGGGUCAGAAGAGGAGUAGAGAGGAGUUUUCUGGUGCUAGUCAGUUUCCUCGUGGUUCCUGUUUUGGGUGUGGGAGCACGGAGCAUCGUGUUUCGAGUUGUCCCAAGAGAGAGUCAGCACCGAGGGUGUGCUACUACUGCAAGGAGCCUGGGCAUAUCAAGCCCAUGUGUCCUAAGUUGCGGAGUAUGUCGGUGGCUUCGGUUCAGCCAGUAGCGGCUCAGCCAGUGAGUCAGAUCGCAGCAGUGCAGCCGUUGGGUCAGAUUGCACCGGCGCCGCGGGGUUACUCUUCGGUGGAGACUGGCGGGACUAGUCAGACCGGACAGAUCACAGGGACCUUGUUAGUGGGCGGUUUUGAGUCCCACGUUUUAUUCGACUCUGGAGCAUCGAAUUGCUUCAUUACACCGGAGCGUGCCGAGAAGAGUGGCAUCCGGAGUAGCGCGGGCGAGAGCGCGGGCAUGGUCAAGGUGGCGGGAGGUGGAUUCUUGUCUACUUUGGGCCGUGCUAGAGGAGUCGAGAUCGAGAUUGCGGGGCAGUCAAUGCCAGCAGACUUAGUCAUCAGUCCGGUGGAGCUGUAUGACGUUAUUCUCGGGAUGGACUGGUUGUCACACUACAGAGUUCAUCUGGAUUGCUACAGAGGUAGAGUGGUCUUCGAGCGAGAUGCAGGGAGGUUGGUUUAUCAGGGAGUGAGACCGACUUCCGGGAGUAUUGUGAUAUCUGCUAUUCAGGCCGAGCAGUUGUUAGUGCGGGGCUGUGAGGCGUAUCUGGCGACGAUUUCUAUGUCUGAGUCAGGAGCUGGAGUUGUUAUGGGAGAUAUUGAGGUUGUCCAGGAUUUUGAGGAUGUCUUUCAGUCACUGAAGGGAUUACCACCAUCUCGGUCUGAUCCUUUCACGAUUGAGUUAGAGCCGGGGACAGCACCGAUAUCGAAGACGCCUUACAGGAUGGCGCCAGCUGAGUUGGCAGAGCUGAAGAAGCAGAUAGAGGACCUUUUGUCUAAGGGGUUCAUUCGACCAAGUGUUUCACCGUGGGGAGCACCGGUGUUGUUUGUGAAGAAGAAGGAUGGCAGUUUCAGACUUUGUAUCGAUUACAGAGGUCUUAACCGAGUCACUGUGAAGAACAGGUACCCACUCCCGAGGAUUGAUGAGUUGUUGGAUCAGUUGAGGGGUGCUACUUGGUUCUCCAAGAUUGACUUGGCAUCGGGGUAUCAUCAGAUCCCGAUAGAUGAGGCAGAUGUCAGGAAGACUGCUUUCAGGACGCGUUAUGGGCAUUUUGAGUUUGUGGUUAUGCCUUUCGGUUUGACUAACGCGCCGGCAGCCUUCAUGAGAUUGAUGAACGACGUGUUCAGGGAGUAUUUGGACGUGUUCGUCAUCAUUUUCAUUGAUGAUAUUCUGGUAUACUCGAGGAGUCAGGAGGAGCAUGCGACUCACUUGAGGUUGGUUCUGGAGAAGCUUCGGGAGCAGAAGCUUUUUGCUAAGUUGAGCAAGUGCAGUUUCUGGCAGCGAGAGAUGGGAUUUCUUGGCCACAUUGUUUCUGCAGAGGGAGUUUCUGUGGAUCCGGCUAAGAUUGAGGCUAUCAGAGAUUGGCCUAGACCUAGUAGUGCCACCGAGAUCAGGAGUUUUCUGGCUGAGUGUGAGGAGAGCUUUAGUCAGCUCAAGGAGAUGUUGACUACUACACCAGUGUUGGCGUUACCCGAGCCAGGGAAGCCUUACAUGGUGUAUACAGAUGCUUCAGGCAUUGGUCUUGGUUGUGUGCUGAUGCAGGAGGGCAGAGUGAUAGCAUAUGCUUCGAGACAGUGGCAGGGCAGUGAGCGUAACCGUCCUACACAUGACUUAGAGUUGGGAGCAGUGAUCUUCGCGUUGAAGAUUUGGAGGUCUUACUUGCUAGGUGAGACAGUACAGGUCUUCACGGAUCACAAGAGUUUGCAGCAUAUCUUCACUCAGCCGAUGAUGAACGCGAGACAGACGCGCUGGGUUGAGUUCUUGGCGGAUUAUCAGGUGAGCAUUAACUACCAUCCGGGCAAGGCUAACCUAGUGGCGGACGCGUUGAGUAGACGGAGGUAUGAUUCCGCAGUUGAGCGAGAUGUGGAGUCUCUAGUUGGCGAGAUCAGUACCUUGCGUUUGUGUGCCAUUUCGCAGGAGCCUUUGGGUUUAGAGGCAGUGGAUCAGGCGGAUCUACUUAGCAGGAUCAGAGUUGCUCAGCAGAGUGAUCAGAGUUUGCUAGAUGCGACGAGAGUGACUGGUUCUGAGUAUGAGGUCUCUGCGAAUGGGACUAUCUUGGUUCGUGGGCGAGUUUGUGUGCCUAAGGAUGUGGAGUUGAGACAUCAGAUUUUGGGAGAGGCUCACGCGAGCAAGUUUUCCAUUCAUCCGGGAGCGACCAAGAUGUACCAUGACCUCAAGAGGUACUAUCAUUGGGUCGGGAUGAAGAGGGAUGUAGCAGACUGGGUUGCGAAGUGCAACACUUGUGCCUUGGUGAAGGCAGAGCAUCAGGUUCCGGGUGGUCUUUUGCAGAGUUUACCCAUUCCAGAGUGGAAGUGGGACAGGAUUACGAUGGAUUUCGUGGUUGGACUACCUGUUUCGAGGACUUUCGAUGCUAUCUGGGUGAUUGUGGAUCGGUUGACUAAGUCUGCACAUUUCUUGGCCAUCAAGAAGACAGAUGGAGCUGCUGUCUUGGCUAGGAAGUUUGUGCGAGAGAUUGUGAGGCUGCAUGGAGUGCCAGCUAGUAUUGUGUCAGACCGUGAUCCCAGAUUCACUUCAGAGUUUUGGAGGGCGUUUCAGGCAGAGAUGGGCACUAAGGUGCAUCUGAGUACAGCUUAUCAUCCGCAGACAGAUGGUCAGUCAGAGAGGACUAUUCAGACUUUGGAGGAUUUGCUGAGGAUGUGUGUGUUGGAUUGGGGUGGCCAUUGGGCAGAUCACCUGAGCUUAGUUGAGUUUGCAUACAACAACAGCUUUCAGGCGAGUAUUGGCAUGGCUCCAUUUGAGGCUUUGUAUGGGAGGCCAUGUAGGACACCCCUAUGCUGGACCCAAGUGGGGGAGCGCAGCAUGUAUGGAGCUACUUAUGUUCAGGAGACGACAGAGAAGGUUCGUGUUGUGAGGCUGAACAUGAAGGAGGCUCAGGAUAGGCAGAAGAGUUAUGCAGAUAGACGCAGACGAGAGCUUGAGUUUCAGGUUGGAGAUAGAGUUUAUCUCAAGAUGGCUAUGUUGAGGGGUCCUAACAGAUCCAUAGCAGAGAACAAGCUGAGUCCGCGAUUUAUGGGUCCGUUUCCAGUAGUGGAGCGAGUUGGGCCAUUGGCUUACAGGCUGGAGUUGCCUGAGAUUAUGAAAGCCUUUCACAAGGUUUUUCAUGUGUCGAUGCUGAGGAAGUGUCUUCACCCUACAGAGGAGUUAGUGGCUAGGAUUCCAGAGGAUCUUCAGCCAGAUUUGACAGUGCCGGCAGUGCCUAUGAGGAUUUUAGAGAGGAGGGAAAAGGUUCUGAGGAACAAGAGGAUUCCCUUACUGAGGAUUUUGUGGGAUUGCAGUGGUUCUACAGAGGAGACUUGGGAGCCAGAGGCAAAGAUGAAGUUGAAGUUCAGGAAGUGGUUCGACAAGCAGGUCGAGGAGUGA